UGGGCCUCCAGGUCUCUCUGUUGUGCGGCAGGGCCCUGCCCUGAGCAGGCAUGACCCCUCCAACCCCUGUGCGGCAGGUGCACCUGCAGACGCAGCAGGAGGUCAAGCUGCGCAUGACGGGCAUGGCGCUGCGGGUGGUGCGCUCCGACGGCGUCCUGGCGCUCUACAACGGCCUCAGCGCCUCGCUGUGCAGACAGAUGACCUACUCCCUCACUCGAUUUGCCAUCUAUGAGUCUGUGAGGGACCGCAUGAGCAAGGGCAGCCAGGGGGCUCUCCCCUUCCAUGAGAAGGUGUUGCUGGGCUCCAUCAGUGGUUUAACUGGAGGCUUCGUGGGGACUCCCGCAGACUUGGUCAACGUCAGGAUGCAGAAUGACAUGAAGCUGCCCCUGAAUCAGCGGCGCAACUGUCCUGCUAUGACCAGGCCAAGCAGCUGGUCCUCAGCACUGGCUUCCUGUCUGACAACAUCUUCACGCACUUCAUUGCCAGCUUCAUUGCAGGUGUUCUCCACUGUGCUAUGGAGACAGCAAAGCUUGGACCACUGGCCUUUUUCAAGGGCCUCUUUCCUGCUGGCAUCCGUCUGGUCCCCCACACCGUGCUCACCUUCAUGUUUCUGGAACAGCUCCGCAAACACUUUGGCAUCAAAGUGCUGUCAUGAUGGGGCCAUGGGAGCAGGCUGGGCCAUGCCCAGCCACCAGCGCCAGCUUCUUCCAAAGAGUCCAGGAGGGUCGGCACCCGAGCCUGCAUCUGCUGUCGUCCCAGCAGCUCCUGCCCUUCCCACCAGCCGGGCUGGCUGAGCCUCCCGACCUGCCUGGGCCAGAGCUCAUUCCAGUGACCUUCAUCCCCUCCUGAGCCCUCUGUAGCCACAUCUCCACCUCCACCUUCCCCACCCCACUCCCGCCUCUUCCCACUCCCAGGCUCUCCCGCAGCGUGUUUACAGUGGCCUCCCCUCCCCAUCCCCAGUGAUUCACUCGGGAAGGGUCCUGGGCAACCCCGUGGGCCAGCUCUGCCCUGUGCACGCAGUUGACCCUGGGGCUGGGGGCGGCUGUGCUUUCUGCUGCCCAGGGUUUGCUCCUGUCCCUGAGCUGCUGCUCGGGCCGGCAGUCUUCCAGUAUCUUCCCUCGAGGAUUGGGUGCAGGGUGGGGGUGUGGUCUAGCAGUCACUCCCCAACCUGUGUGAGUGUGUGUGCAAGUGCGGGUGCGUGUGCAAGUGCGAGUGUGCUUUUAUCUCGUGGGAGGGACUGUAGCUUUAGUGUUCUUGGAGGCAUCUAUGACCCCCCAGGAUGCCCUGCUCCCCCAUGAGAUGAACAAACAGGCAGUUGACCAGUGAGUGCUCAGGAGGGCGAGGACCCAGGUGCCAGUGUGUCACUGAGGUCCCCCCUGCCCCUCCCCACAUCCAGCCCCAGUUGCUUCAAUGGUUGGUUUUGCCAAAACCUCUCAGCACCAACCGGCUGCUGCUGUCUUCAAGAAUUGCGCCAUUUCCCCACCACCUGCGUCCUUCCUGCCCCGGCUCCCGGGGACCAGGGCCCACGCUCAGUGGCGGUGGGCUGCAGGUGUGUCCUAGGGGGCUCCUCCCUGUAUGGACAAUGGUCACCCCACAAGACUGCCAAGCAGCCCAUCAGCCAAAAGAGGGCCAACAGGCUCUGCUGCCAAACCAGCCUGUCCCUCGAAAACAGGGUUGGCUGCAUCCAUCUGCCUCCCCAGGCCCCCUCAGCCCUGUUCCCACCCAGGAAGGGCUGGGGGACACAGCUCUGCAGCAGAUGCUAAUAAACACCUGUGAACUGCA